AUGAGUGACCCCAAAUUGGAUGGCAAUCCAAUCAUGGAAGGAUGUGGCAAGUACCUGCCCCUCAUUCUCCAUGGGGAUGGUGGUGCAUUCCAGCGAGCAGAUAGCAUUCUGGCGCUGAGCAUGCGAUCACUGCCAUCUUCAUCCAGUGUAGCCCACAGCCAGAUGCUCCCCCUAGCCCUUCCAAAGCCUGCAAUCCACAAAUCUGAGAUUCUUGCUGAAGAUACCAGGCAUUGCCUCUGGUCAGUGCUGACCUGGUCAAUGCAGCAUAUGUACUUUGGCAAAUUUCCAGAGAAGGCUGCAGAUGGCAAGGACUGGCAGCACAAGUCACCAAGGGGCCAAAAGGCAGGAACCCUGUUGAAUUCCGCAGGGCUUUGCGGAAUGAUCUUUGCCAUCACAGCAGGUGGCGAGUUCUUUCAAAAUGAAUACAAGCUGCCAGGAAGUUCCCAUGCAGAGUGCUGUUGGGGCUGUGGGGCAAACAGGUCCAGUCACCCACACAAUGACUAUAGACCUGGGGCCAAAUGGAGGGAGACCAUCAAGAACCACAAGGACAGCAACCCCACAGACCACCUGAUCAUGACAGUGCCAGGCAUCAAUGGCUACACCUUGGCCUAUGACUCUCUGCAUAUCUUGGAGCUGGGUGCUUCAGCCCACAUUGUGGCCAACUUCAUGCAUGGUGGUGAAAGCAGAAUUGCCAGGCAGCUCUUUUGUGUGAGAGCAAAACAGGUGAGACGCCUCAUCCCUCCACUCCUGGAACUCAGCCAGGAUUUGGCUGAUGAGAGCUCUUACAAAAAGCACAGGCUUGAGCGCAUCAGGAACCUCAACAGAAUGUAUGAGGCCAUGGAGUGCCAGGGGCUGCAUCCUGAUGAGUCAGCAUAUGAGCAGCACAAGAGGAGUACAGAGAAAUGUUUACUCAACAACAGCAAGCCGGCCAAGAUUGCAAUCUCUCAGAACAUUCUUCAAUGGAACACUGCGCACAAGCACCACUUGGCUUGCCAUAUGCCAGAACAAUUUAGUCACUUGAACUGCAGGUUUGUGUCAACAUACUCUGGUGAAACAAUGGUGGGCUUCAUGGUGGCCUCUCUUGGGCACGCCUGCCUCACUGGCACUCCUCCACAUUUGGUGCCUGCCUCACUGGCACUCCUCCACAUUUG